CAUCAAUUUUCAUCACAAUCACAAUCAUCCAAAUAUUUAGCUAAGGAAACAAUUAUCAUUCAGUAUCAAUUACUAUUAAUUACUAUCAGCAAUGGCUCAGCCUCAAUGUAUUUCAGGUCUAUCUGGGAAACUUGUGACUGAAUUAAAUGUUAACUGCGGCGCUGACGAUUUUUACACAAUAUUUAAGCAGCAUGUAGACGUUCCGAAAGCGAUACCUCAUAUUUACAAGUGCGUGAAAGUUGUUGAGGGAGAUGGAACUACUUCCGGUUGUAUCAAGGAAUGGGGCUAUCAUUGUGAGGGUAAGGAACUGAUUGUCAAGGAGAAAACGACAUACACUGAUGAAACAAGGACGAUAUGCCACUGCGUAGUAGGAGGAGCCUUAGCAAAGGAGUACAAGAAGUUCUAUGCAAUCCUUGUGGUUAAUCCAUUGCCUUGUGGUAAUGGAAGCGUUGUGAGUUGGACUGUGGAUUAUGAGAAGAUUAAUAAGGAUUCUCCAAUCCCUAUCCCUUAUCUGGCUCUGUUUGGUAAGGUCAUUGAGGGCAUGGACUCUUACCUCUGCGCUUCUGGUUAAAUUAUCGAUGAUAUAUGCAUAUAUAUCAACGGAGAAUCCUGCGUACGGUGUGUGUUUGUGUGGUAAUAAAAACUACAAAUAACUGAGUCUUGUUAUUAGAAGGGAAUGAAUGUUAUUAGGAGGGAAAGAAUGGAUGUGAGGAGGGAAGAAAAUGACCUAAAUUCAAGUCAACACUUAGUCACGUACAAAUCCAAUAAAAAUAAAUAAGUAUUU